AUGAAAAGGCCCGUGCGAGAAACUCUCCAAAAUUUCCCCAAGUCGUUUAAACUCCGCCCUAUGUUUGGUUAUUUCCAAACUUCAACCAGAACCAAACUCACCUUCCUCUCCACCACAACCGCCUCUCGCCCAGUUGCUUGCUCCCCUCAUUAUUUCUUGUUUUCAUCUGUGUUCCACUACCAAGUGGUCUGCGCCCCAUGUAAUCCUCCUCAUGUUGUUCCGUUGGUUGUCCUUGUUACCCACCCGUGUGUCUGUGCGCGGUCGCCACCUGUCACUGUUCUGGGCUUUUGUUCCUGCCCAUUGCCCCUUUGUAGUUCCUCCCCGACAAGUGGCCACUUGCUAAUACUGACUCUCCCGGACAGGUUCACUUUCGCAUUGCGCCACGUAGCGGCAGCCGCAGUAGACGCGCGCCUAUCACCAUCAUCAAACCCAAGCUUGGCUCUCCAGACAACGUCUCAACGUGGUAUCCGCCCUCUGCUACCCUCCUCUCAUUCAACGAGCCAGAGGCUCCGCUUUGACGCGCCUUGUUUGUGGUUGCGCAUUCGGCGGACAGCGCAAAGGGUGGUCGGGUGGGGGAAUGUUUUUUGA